AUCACAUCCUUAUGACAUUUAAAAGCAAUCGAUAUCAGCAUAAACAUAUCGUUUGUUUUUAUUUUCAUUCCUAUAAACAAUUGCAGACUUAAUUUUGUUAUAAACUAAAUAUUGAAAUUUUUUCCUUUUCAUUACUUAAAAUAAGUAUUGCAUAAAACGUAAUUUAUUUGACAAGUUUUUCCAACAAAGUAUUUUCAUGAGUGACAACGAGAAGAACAUGUCUACCGAGGACGACACGGAGGAAAGCUUUUCGCGAUUGCCAUUAAUAAAAACUCGUGUACGGAAAAACCUUGCUGAGUUGCGACAUCCUCGGCAAAAAUUUUGUGCUCGUUGGGAGAAGGAUUUUCCUUGGCUGAAGGCAGAUAAAGUAGACGAAUCUGUGGGAAUAUGCACAGUUUGUAACAAACAUCUUGUAUGCAAGAAAAGUCAUUUAGAGCGCCAUCAAAAUUCCUAUAAACAUCAAAGACUUCAGGGAUUUGAGUCAUUUGACACAGAAUGCGAACCAUCACAACCAAGUGCCCCAGAGUUUAUGGAGUGUGGAAAACGUGAAUUUGACGGAGAGGAGCAGGAAUUUAGCCAAGCUAUUGAGUUGGAUCCAGAUUACAAAGUGGACUUUGACCGAGAUUCUGAAAAGCGAUUCAAAAAACACCCUGCUAAGAAUAUGAAAGCAUCACAGAAACAUCAAAAUGCAAAUGGUUCAGAAUCUAACGAAAGUCACUCUAAUAGGAGCUUCAAACUAGAUCGUUUUAAACUGCUUAAAAGAGUUGACCGAGAUCGAAAUACUCUCAACGAGUAUUAUUUGAUAAGGAGAAAACAGCACUCUCCCUCUAUUCAACAAGUUAAGGAUACGUUUGACUUAUUUUUUGAUAGUGUUUGCGCAACGGUAAAAACAUUGCCACCGAAACUGGGGGCAGAAGUGAAGGGUAGAAUUUCGCAAUUGAUAGCGGAGUUUGAAUUACGUGCAAUAUGCGAGAGGGAGGCUCAAGAAUGUAGUAUUACAAUGCCAUCCACAACGACUGAAGGUGCCACAAUGGUAGUAGCUGCAACCACAACACAUCCUCAAGAGGUUACAGCAUCCGUAACUCAGGAGUCAGCAGUAAUUGACCCUAAUACAGGGGUUCCACAUAUUGUUUACUCAUUUCAACCAAAAACAAAUGAAUAAAACACUUUUUAAAUCAGAUCAGUCAAAUAUGUUAAUUAAAUUAAUAUCUUUAAAAAAAUUAAUUUUCAUAGUUGUCAGUUAGAUAGAUCUGUCUUAUCUAGUUGUCAGUUCAUGAUAAAAACCUCAAUAUUAUCAAUUGUAUAAUGUAAUAAAAAAUUAUUUUAAGUAGAAAAGCGACUCAUUUGAUUAACAAAAACAUUUCUAAUAAUUGCACUAAAGAAAUAAGAUUCAGAGGAAGAAAACCAUUUCAAUGACUAAUUAAUUUUACCAAUAUACGGUCUAUGGUAUUGGUGUCUUAUUCAGGCGCGAAAUAUCUAUAUCUUUGUCAAAUAAAAUAUUUUUUUUUACCUUUAGUUUAUAUUUUGUUGAUCUAGACGUACAUUCGAUAAAAAUUAGUGAAAGCACCGAUUCGUUUCAUAAUAUUUGGAUCAUAAUUGAGAAGUAACUGUCGUCCCUAAAUAAAUUACUCUUAAAAAUUCCUAAUGCCCAUGGAUUUUGUAUGGCGCAUAACUAAAUAAACACGGCGGCAACGCUGAGGGUUGAAAAAUUCUACUCUGACAGUGCGUUAAGAAGUAAAUUUUCAAAUGAUCAAAAGUAUUAUUAAUAAAUUAAUUCGUUUUGCAUUUUA